AUGCAUAUCUCCUCCCUUCUCUCGGCUACAGCCCUUGUGGCUGCCGUCACAGGCGCUGUCCUACCACGUCAGGACGAUUCAUACUACGGCUACCUGCUUUCCACAUUCACUGAUGCCGACCCGCGGGUCUUCUGGUACCUGUCUACUGCCGACGAUCCCCUGAGUUUCACGGCACUCAAUGGCGGCAGCCCCGUGCUAGAAUCGACCGUCGGGACUAAGGCUGUCAGGGAUGUGUUCCUCACGGCUAACCAGGAGAAGUCAGAGUACUUCGUCAUCGCUACUGAUCUGGAUAUCAACGCAGACGGAUUCUCCUGGGACGAGGCCACGCGCCGGGGCAGUCGAGGCCUGACCGUGUGGCGAUCGGAGGAUCUGGUCGACUGGUCUGAGCCUUCAUUGGCAAUCAUCGAAGACGAAACCGCCGGCAUGGCCUGGGCCCCUUCAGUGGUUUGGAACACGACCGAGAGCCAAUACUACCUCUUCUGGUCCUCGCGCCUCUACGACACCACAGACACCAACCACACCGGCACGGCCACCCUCGACCGCAUCCGCUACACCACCACCACCGACUUCGUGACCUUCGCCCCGCCAGCCGACUACCUCGCCCUAGACAGCGAGAACAUCCCCCUCAUCGACCAGGAGUUCCUGGCCCUCGGGGAUGCACCCGGCCACUACGCGCGGUUCCUCAAGGAUGAGAACGUCCUCCACGUCUACCAGGAGACCACCACGGGGGGCCUGUUCGGCGAGUGGACCCGCGCAGAGGGGUAUAUCCAGGAUGGGGUGGUGUAUGAGGGUCCGGCGGCGUUUCCGGAUAUUCAGGAUGCCGACAAGUUCCAUCUGUUGCUGGAUAAUUAUGUCGAGUAUGUGCCGUUUGAAAGCACGGAUGUCGGUGGGGCGGAGUGGGUGGCCUCGGAUCGGACGGGGUUUCCGACGGGGUUGAAGCAUGGAAAUGUGGUGCUGGUGACGAAGGAGCAGUAUGAUGCUCUUGUUGCACGGUAUGGAGUGUAA